AUUGUUCAACAACAAAUCUUAAACAACUAUUUCGUUUAUCACAUUUAAGUAUUUCACAUUUAUCUCGAGCAUCACUUUGGUAUAAUCUUCUUCGUCAAAAUCAAACACGUCCUCAACAUAGAUUUCAACAAAUUAUCGAACGAUAUCCAGAGGAUGUACGACAUAUGUUUGGUCGUCGAAAUGAGAUAUUUGUUCGUACUCCAUCGUUUGUUGAUGCCAAUCAUUUACCACAUUAUCAUCUAAAUCGACGUGGACAACAUGCAGUAACACGAAUAUUAAGUGUCUUUGCUUAUUAUCAUCCUGAUAUAACAUGGGCACCCUUACUUGGACCAAUUACUGCGAUAUUUUUACAUUAUAUGACAGAAAUCGAUGCAUAUGAAUCUUUAUUAAUUCUUACAAGUAGUGAUUAUAAAAUAAUAACUCAAACUGAAUUACAAUUUCAAUCAUUAAUAUUAGCAUUUCGUAA